AGUCUUCAACCAAGUCUGAAAAUGUCCAACUGGCAACCACAGCCUGAGGGACUGGAGCAAUUACUGAGUCUAUUAAGGGAUUCUCUCAGUUCGAACAAUCAAGUACAACAAGCGGUUACGCAGAGACUAGAAACAUUCAACGCUAUACCAGACUACAACAACUACCUAUGCCAUGUCUUAAUAAAAGCUACAGACCAGGAGGAGCGCGUUAGAUCAGUCGCUGGUCUCAUUCUUAAGAACAAUAUCAAGUUUGGCUGGAAACAAUGGCCAGCCGACAGUCAAGAAUAUGUCAAAAGUAUCCUAGUAGAUGGUAUUACAGACCAGGCACCAAUGGUUAGGUCUACAUCCGGUACAGCCAUCGUUUCUGUACUCUCAGAGUGCGGUCCUGAGAACUGGCCGCUCGCUUUAUCACGUUUAAUGGCCUCAAUUGAUUCAACUAAUGUACAAGAACAAGAAGGUGCUUUCGGUACACUUGCUAAAAUCUGCGAGGAUAUGUACAAGAACUUAGAUUGUGAAAUCGCCGGUGUUCGUCCAUUAGACUUCAUGAUUCCAAAAUUCAUCCAAAUGCUCAACCACCAAUCGCCAAAAAUUAGAAUACACGCCUUGUCAUGUCUCAACAGCUUCAUACCAACCCAAUCAGCCAGCUUUAUCGCAAAUAUAGACCAAUUCAUCGCUGCUUUGUUUCAAAUCGCCUCGGAUGGCGUAUCGGAAGUACGUCAAUUCGUUUGUUCAGCUUUGGUUAGGCUUUUAGCUUCAAGACCAGACAAGCUGGUUCCUGAGAUGAAUAACGUAGCAACUUUCAUGCUUUACUCAACUCAAGAUAAGGAUGACGAUGUCGCAUUAGAAGCUUGCGAAUUCUGGCUUACAUUCGCAGAGGAGACUCACUUGGCUGAGCACUUGAAACCUCUUUUAGAUAAAGUCGCACCUGUUCUCCUUAACACUAUGGUUUAUUCAGAGAAUGAUUUAGUCAUGUUGGAGGCAGAUGAUGACGAUGAAGCUGUUCCAGAUAAGGACACUGAAAUUAAGCCACAUAUUUACGGUGGUAAAACUCACACACAAUCAUCUGAAGCUGAGAACAGCCAUCAAAAAUUCAGUAGAGAAGCUGAGGCAUCUUCCGACGAAGAAGAUGACGAAGAUGAUUAUGAUGAAUUUGAAGAUGAGGAACUCGCUUCUGGAUGGAACCUGAGAAAAUGUUCAGCAGCAGCUAUGGAUGUUUUGUCAAUUAAUUUCGGUGUAGAUCUCCUCAACAUACUCCUUCCAUACUUGAAAGAGAGAUUAUUCUCACAAGAUUGGUUACAAAGAGAGUCAGCUAUACUCGCAUUAGGUGCAAUCUCAGAGGGUUGUAUUGAAGGUAUUCAACCACACUUACCACAAUUAGUACCUUACUUGGUAAAUGCAUUGAAUGAUCCAAAACCACUCGUCCGUUCAAUUUCAUGUUGGUCUUUGGGUCGUUAUUCAAGUUGGUCUGUACAACCGCUCUCAGUUGAGCACAGAAAUAAUUACUUCGUACCAACGAUGGAGGGAUUAUUAAGAAUGGUACACGACAAGAACAAGAGAGUACAAGAAGCUGGUUGUUCAGCAUUCGCUACUUUGGAAGAAGAAGCAGGAAAGGAAUUAGAGCCAUUCCUUAAACCUAUUAUAGAACACCUCGUAUAUGCGUUCCAAAAGUAUCAGAGAAAGAACCUUCUCAUCCUUUAUGACGCUAUUGGUACACUCGCUGAUGCCGUCAACAACUCGCUAGAUAAUGAGGAAUAUGUAACCUUAUUGAUGCAACCUCUCAUCGAUAAAUGGCAAAAUCUCGCAGACGAUGAUGAGGAUAUCAUUCCAUUGUUUGAGUGUUUAUCAUCUUUAACAGUUGCAGCUGGAUCCAGUUUUAUUAAAUUUGCUCAACCAGUUUAUGAAAGAUGCUCACGGAUAGUACACGGUAAUCUCUUAGCUUUCCAAUCAGCAGUCGAAAGGAAUGAUGAAGAUAAUAUACCUGAUAGAACAUUCAUCAUCGUAGCAUUAGAUUUAAUUUCAGGUAUGAUUCAAGGUUUGGGUGUAAACUCACAAGAAUUAAUCACCUCGAAUCAAUCAACACCACCAUUACUUAACUUAUUAUUAUUCUGUUUGAAGCAUCCAGAUAAUGCUGUCAAACAAUCUGCAUAUGCCUUAGUUGGAGAUUUAGCUGUUAGCUGCUUCCCGGUGUUAUUACCUGCAUUAGAUAGUUUCUUACCUGAUUUAAUUCAACAAAUAGAAAUCACGCCAACGACUGAUGCUAUAUCAGUUUGUAAUAACGCAGCAUGGGCAGCAGGUGAAAUAGCAACUUCAUUCACGAAUUAUCCAGAUUUGAAUAAAGAUAACUUCGUCAAAUUCGUACCAUCUUUAAUUGAAAGAUUAGUACCAAUUUUGUUACAUCCAAAAUCCGUAAAAUCUUUAACGGAAAACGCAGCUGUUACAAUUGGUAGAAUUGCUUUAGUAUGUCCAGAGAUAGUUGCACCACAUUUACAAAUAUUCGCUGCACAAUGGUGUCAAUCUUUAUGGGAGAUUAAAGAUAAUGAAGAAAAAGAUAGCGCAUUUAGAGGAUUCUGUAAGUUGGUUCAACUUAACCCAUCUGGCCUAGCAUCAAGUUUCCAAUUCUUCUGUAAUGCAGUUGUUAGAUGGACCUCACCUUCUGCGAUACUUAACGAACAAUUUAACGCGCUUUUGCACUCAUUCAAAGCAGCAGCAGGUGCAAGUUGGGAUGCCCAGAUGGCUGCACUUCCAGCACCAAUUUCAACAAGACUUAGAGAUCGUUAUGGUUUGUAGAUUGGCAUUUGAUACUUUAGUUAUGUAUACCCCUCCUCAACGACCAUUAAAAGAUUAGGCGGUCGAUAUAGACAGUCUGAAUUAACAAUUUAAAAGUAAAAUGUUUAUCGCUUUAUCAUUCAUGAAUUUAUAUUCUUACCUUUGGAAUGAACAAUCAUGUUUCUCGACAAUGAAGAGAGUAAUCAAUACACGCUGGUCGAGGUUGUUGAUAUACUGAAUAGAAUGCUAUUCCCUACGCCGAGAUGCAACUCAAUGGAUUUUGUACUCGAUAUGCUUGAGUAUUCCUAUCAGCUUAGAGAAUGGCUCGUUAGUUUAUGCGAGGAAAUACUACUAGUGAUCGAUGUAAAAGAGGACGUAGGGCAUUCUCUUCGAAAUAUAAUUUCAUCUCACAAAAAAGCUGAAAGCUCUCUUAAGUUCAAUACCAUAAUUCUCCUCCUUAAGAAGUUGCAUAUACAUGAAACUAAUCUCACUGAGAGUGCAAUAGAUAGACCCGAGACUUUCAAACUCUGCGAUAUUUACUUCCCGGAUAAUGCAGAUAAUGUUCAGCGGAGAACAGAAGUGAAGUAUUACGCACGUUUAGCCAAGAAGCUAACCAAAGCGCUCAAGAAAGCUAACAAAAGCGAGGCUGAGAUACGCAAUGAAGUUUAUCUCAAUAAGGAGUUGAACAAAGUCAAAGCGAUAGCCCUGGACGCUACGACUGAACCAUUGAGAGGAUAUCUUUACGAGUGUCUGUCUGAUUGGAACUAUGUCCACGAUACCUACAAUGUUGUUCAGCGAAGUACGACGAUCAACACAGGUCAUACCAUCAAUGAGAGCUUCAAAAUGCCACAUAAAAGGAAGCGCGUUGUUUGAUUAUAUUUGCACUUUUAUAGACGGUUUUGUAUUAGUAUAUGUACUUUUGCUUAUCUG